AUGGGGCCAUCUCGCGUCCGACCCCUACCUGCGAUUCACCGCCUCCUCGGUACGCCGCACGCCCCUGGUGGGCGGGGAGCGACGCAGUGCAUGACAGGGCGGGUGCUGGGCAUGCCGCAGGGCGCUCGCUGCUCCGCACAGCCCCCCUCCACGCGCGCUUGUCCCAGCGUCCCCCUCUCGUUCCCCCCCGCCCCUUCCAUGUGUUCCCCCCGCGCUUCCCAUGUGUUCCCCCCGCGCUUCCCAUGUGUUCCCCCCGCGCUUCCCAUGUGUUCCCCCCGCGCUUCCCAUGUGUUCCCCCCGCGCUUCCCAUGUGUUCCCCCCGCGCUUCCCAUGUGUUCCCCCCGCGCGCACGUGCCCCCGCAGGUGCCGCGGGAGCGCAAGAUCGCCAACGUGCAGAGCCUCGGCUUCGGCGCGCUCUUCGCGCCCACCCCUCCGCUCCCCGCCUCCGCCGCUUCCCCGCUCCUCUCACCCUCCGCUUCCACCCUCCCCUCCCCCACCUCCGCCGCUCCCGCUUCCUCCCAACCGCCCCCUGUGGUGCGCCAUGCGCCGCUGCGCUGCGCCUUCUGCGGGGCGUGCGUGUGCCUCUACUCCGCCAUCGCGCCCGCCACGGGCGACUGGCGCUGCGCGCUGUGCGGGCGCCCCAACAUGAGCGGCGGGCACUACCUGCUGGCGGAGGGGGAGACGCUCGAGGGGUGGCCGGAGCUGGGCGCGCGCGUGGUGGACUACGUUGAGGCGGGCGGGGGGGCGCGCGGGGCGGGGGAGGGGGGAGUGGGGGGGGGCGCGUCGGAGGCGGUGCUGGGGGCGCCGGUAGUGGUGGUGGUGGACGAGGGGCUGGACGCCGCGUGCAUGGGGGGAGUCAGAGCCGCGCUCACGGCGAUGCUGCAGCACCUGCCGUCCGCCACGCGCAUCGCCAUCAUCACCUUUGGCGCGGCCCUCUCGCUCUUCGACCUCUCGCCCUCCGCCUCGCCGCUGCUCGCCUCCGCCGACUGCUUCCCCGCCACACACGCGCUGCCCGCCGCCACGCUGGCCGCGCUGCUGCUGGGCCGCGCGCAGCACCUGGCGCCCAUCGCGGCCUGCCUGCCCUCCGCGCAGGCCGUCAUCGCCUCGCUGCGCCCCUGCCGCGCCGCCACGCCCCCCCUCGCCCGCGCGCGCGCCCUGGGUCCCGCCGUGGACCUCGCGCUCGCGCUGCUGCGCGGCCCCGCGCCCGCCCUGCCGCGUGCCUCGCAGCGGCGGUGGAGCGGGGCGGCGCGCGUGGUGGUGCUGUGCGGGGGGCCGGCCACGGUGGGCGCGGGGGCGGUGGCGGAGGGCAUAGAGGGCGUGGGGGAGGGCGAGGAGCGGCAGCGCGAGCAGGCGGCGAGGCGGCACUACGAGGCGCUGGGCAGGGAGGCGCGGCGCAUGGGCGCCGUGGUGGACGUGUUCUCGGGGGGCCCACUACUGGUGCGCGUGCCCGCACUGCUGCCCCUGGCGGCGCUGUCAGGGGGCGCGCUGGUGCCGCUGGACGAGUUCAGCCCCGCCGCGUUCCCCCCGCUGCUGCUGCGCGCCCUCUCGCGCAUCGUGGGCGCGGAGGGGUCGCUGGAGGUGCGCUGCUCGCCCGAGGUGGCUGUGACGCGCGUGAUCGGCCCCGCAGAGGCGGAGGAGGGCGGCGGGCGCAGGGGGGCGGGCGGGGAGGAGGGGUUCCCGGAGGACAGUGCGACGGCGGUGGCGCUGCUGAGUGUGGACGAGGAGGCAGCGGUGGCGGUGAGCAUGGAGCUGACAGACGACCUCACCCGCCACCACGUGUUCUUCCAGUUCCUCUGCCGCUUCCGCCUCCUCAACCAUGACCCCGCACUGCACUGCUCUGCUCCUUCCUCUCUAUCUGCCACGCGCCCACCCAGCCACUCAACGCCCACAUGCAUUCGCGCUCAUGCACAUACGCACGCACACACCCCCAUCACCCCGCAACCCCCCCUCCCCUUCCAUGCAGUGGUGACGCGGGUGGUGACGGUGCGUCUACCAGUGGCGGCAUCGCUACCGGCGUACCUCUCAUCGGUGCACGAGCCCACAGCAGCGCUGCUCAUCGCCAAGCGUACCGUGCUGGCGGCGCCCACGGCUCGCGAGGCGGGGGAGAUGCGCGCGUGGGUGGACGCCCGUGCACGUGACUUGGCGCUCAAGCUGGGCGGCGUGGCACAGCACAACCGCUCCCUGCUGCAGUUCCCCCACCAGCUGCCGCGGGUAGCGGAGGCGCUGUACGAGGUGAGGCGCAGCCCGGUGUUGGGGCGCCACGUGGCGGGCGAGUGGGAGCGCCAGGCCCUGCGCGCACUGCUGCUGCGCGCAGGGGGGGAGGCGGCGCUGCGCAUGGUGCUGCCCUCGCUGCUCAUGUUCCGCGCCGGCCACGCCACCCAGUUCGUUGAAGUACCGCCCUCUGACCUGGCGCUGACGUCAGAUGCCGCCCUGGUGCUGGACCACGGCACCGACAUGCUCAUCUGGCUCGGAGCGCACCUGGCGCCGGACGAGCCCACGAGGCGCGGAGUGGAGGCGGCGUGUCGCCAGCUGGCAGCGCAGCUCAUGGGCGGGCCGGGCGGCAGAGGCAGGUUCCCGGCACCACGCGUACUCUGCUUCACUCCCGCAUCCUCGACCUGCACUCCCCGCUCACCCCGCCCUGUGCCCGCCCUCCCCAUGACGGCAUGGCAGGAGGGCACGGCGGAAGCGGCCUUCAUGACGGCGCGCCUCACGCCCACACACAAGGACCCCCUCGCUGUUCAGUGCUGUUGCCUCUGCUCUGCUCCUGUCCACCUCCUCACUGCGUCUCACGAUCCCCACCACUCCACCCCCACUGCUACCUGCGUUCCUCCCCUCCCUGCCCGCCAGGAGCUGCUCUUCCCACCGCUGAGGGAGAUGCAGGAGGAGGAGCGGGCAGCCGUGCGGGCCAAGCUGCUGCCCACCCCCGAGCCCGGCUUCACCGACUGGCUGCGCUCGCUGCGCCUCGCGCCCCCCCAACCCCCCCUCGCUGCACCCUCCUGA